UUACCCAAUGCGAUGUUGAAGGCAAGACCUAAUAUCGAGUCAAGGAUUAGGUUACUGAAAAGAGAUUGGUCAAUAGUGUAUGACAUGCUUAAUGGCCAAAACAAUAGCGGUUUUGGUUGGGACGACCAUAGGCAGGUCGUUGUUGCUGAAGAUGCGGUUUGGGACUCUUAUUUAAAGAGUCAUAAAGAAGCCGGUCAGUUCAGACAUCGUAGUUUCCCCUACUACGACCAACUUACUGCCAUAUACGCAAAAGAUCGAGCGACUGGGAAAGACGCUCAAACAGCCGCUGACGUUCUUGAAGAAAUAAAUGCUGAGGAUGUACCUUCUGCAGAUAUUAAUGAAGACAGAAACGAAUACUAUGAUUGCGAUGCUAAUGUCUCUUUGGAUGACAUGGAUGUUUCUGCCACGGAGCCGCAAACAGACAAAAACCAAGGGGGUUCCUCAUCUUCAAAGAGGAAAAAAAAGAAUUCUGAUGCAACUGGUCAUUUUUCUUCUUCAGUUACUGAUGCUGCCACUUUAUUGGCUGAAAACAUGCGGGCCAUUGGCGAACAAAUUAGUAGGAGUAUUGCCUCCGAUGUGGUAGUUCACCAGCACAUCCAAGAAAAAGCGCAAAUUUAUAUCCAACCUUAUGUGAAAUAG